GAACGUGCGGAGGGCGGAGCCGGAGCCUCCAGAGCGGAAGGGGGUCGCUGCUGGGGCGGCGGCGUCUCGCUUGAGGGCUUCUCCUCAGCGGCUUCCGGGGGUGCUUCCUCGCUCGGGUGCGUCAGCGGCAGCGCCUGCCGAGCCUCAGCAGCGCCAGGACUUGCAGAUACCGGAAAUCUGUGUGGCUCCAAGUUCCCUGCUAGCGAGAGAAUGUGUACGCAGCAGGCAUGACAGGCUGAGGCGUUCGGUUUUCCUGCCGACCUUGGUGCAGAUCACGUCUCUGCUGGUUGGAACCAGAGGGCACAAUGAGCACGGGCUGCACCCUUGGCAUUCAGAAGUUCCCAGGCUAGGAGUCAAAUCGGAUCUGCGGCUGCUGGCCACAGCCACAGCAAUGCAGGAUCUGAGUCUUCGACCCACACCACAGCUUGUGGCAACGCCAGAUCUUUAACCCGCUGAGUGAGGCCAGGGAUCGAACUCUCAUCCUCAUGGAUACUGGUUAGGUUCUUAACCAUUGAGCCAUGAUGGGAACUCUGGGAGGUUCUGUCUCUUAAGGAAGACUUCAGGGGGCAGGUUCUCAACUUGCCUUUCUGGACCAGCCAGGCCAGAAGUGCUCGAGCAUACAGGUAAACCAGUAGCUCAAGGAUGUGGAAGAAAGGCUGGUUCAGAGAGUCUGGGUUACAGAGAAGCUGAUGAACAGCCCGACCCUUCCAGAAGGCAUGUCUCUUGGGCUGCCACUGGGGACAGCCUUGCAAAAACUUUGGUUCUUGGCACUGUAGGGGUGUGUUACGGUGUAAAUCACAACUGCAUAGUAUCCUAAAAGGUUAGAGGCCAGAAACCUUCCCAAAGAAAGACCUACUUUCACAGUGAAUAGACACGUGGGAAACUGAAGGUCUUUGGGCUGAAAAAUAAAAAGGACUCAUUGAGGCCAAAUAAUAAAUCCAGGGAAAAUAGGUCUGUAACUUUUGGUUAAAAGAAAGGGUUUCUGGCCAAAUCCUAGCCUGGACCGGAGGCUUCCAUAGAGUUAAGUGUCAUGUACUUUUGACAUAUCAAUGGUCUGAUAUAACAAAAGAUUUACUUUAUAAAGUUUGUAUUCACUAUAUAUUCUGGACGAUUUCUCUCUAAACAUUCAGUGUUCUAGAAUCUCAAGUUUUGAAAGGACCUCAACCUCAGGUCUGCUCACUGACUUCCUAUUCUCCCUUUUUUAUUCUUCUGGCUGAAAUCUUACUGGUCAGGAGCUCAGAUAACUGUUUCUCCCCCCCCCAUACCCUCAGAGAAAGCGUCGUGGCGGGGCAGUAAAUUCUAGACAAGCCCAGAAGCGAACUCGAGAAUCACCCUCCACCCCUGAGAUGGCCUUGGAGGCAGAACCUAUAGAACUUGUGGAGAGUGCUGGAGACGAAAUAGUGGACCUCACCUGUGAAUCUUUAGAGCCCGUGGUGGUGGACCUGACGCACAAUGACUCUGUUGUGAUUGUUGAAGAAAGGAGGCGGCCAAGGAGGAAUGCGAGGAGGCUGCGCCAGGACCACGCCGACAGCUGUGUGGUGAGCAGUGAUGACGAGGAGCUGUCCAGGGACAGAGACGUCUAUGUGACCACCCAGACCCCCCGAAAUGCCAGGGAAGAGGCAGCUACAGGACUCAGGCCCUCUGGCACCGUCAGUUGUCCGAUCUGCAUGGACGGGUACUCAGAGAUUGUGCAGAACGGACGUCUCAUCGUUUCCACAGAAUGCGGCCAUGUCUUCUGUAGCCAGUGCCUCCGCGAUUCCCUUAAGAACGCUAACACUUGCCCAACUUGCAGGAAAAAGAUCAACCACAAACGAUACCACCCCAUUUAUAUAUGAAGUGUCGCGAGCUGCUCAGGAGAGUCGGAUGGACAGACAGAGCCUGGCUGGGUUCGCCACGUGGCCUUAUGUGGGUUCUCUGCCUCCAGUUUCUUGAGCGCAAAAAGACUGAUUUCAAAAUCAGCGUCUGAUAUGUAACUGCUCUCUUGUUUCCACCCCCCUUAGAUCCUUCCUUUGCCUCUAGUUUGAUGCUGUGGAGCUGGAGCUGGAGCUGGAGCCAGAUCCCUCCCUGGCCAGGGUCUACACCUGCUCCUCUGGGUGGUCUGGUUCCAGGAUAGGAGAGAGGGAGGGGGGCCCGUGGGAAUGAACGCCGUGGUUCCAGCCUCCGUCCAGAACCCGCACAUUUGCUGCGACGUUUGCCUCAGCUUCCUGCCGGCAGCGUCGUGGAGGGGCUGGCCCAGGUCGGAGAGCAAGCCGCUCCGCCAGCUCCUGUGGGCGUGCUACCUCGUCCCAGGCAUCUGCCCACCCCAGUGACCAAGGCAGACAAGGUCCAUCCGGCGCGAGGAUCCCAAGUGCAGCACAGCCCGGAGCGACCAGCCGCUGGACUCUUCUUCCCUUGAGAGUCAGAGGUCACCGUGAUUCCACCUGCGGUGAUCAGGGGUUUCUGCAGCUCUCAAGGCCCUCUGCAGGCGAUCUGUUUUCUAAGAACGAAAUGUGCAAUAAAGCCCGUUCUUUGCCUACUUUUCAGCAGCCAGGAGAUGUGGCACUGUUAGUGUCCCUCGGAGGCCUCGCGUCGCCUGUGGAGCAGUGCCCAUCUUGCCCCGUCCUGUUCGCCACCUGUUCUCAGGAACUUCACCCGUGCCCGAGUUUCCCUGGCACAGGCCGUGUAAGGUCCCUGGGCAGGCGCGUGGUCGGGUGUCCUCUUCUGAUAAAACCCACCUGUGUUUACCACAUGCCCUCUGGGCCUCAGCUCCCACUGCCUCGUGUCUACUCAAGCAUAGACCCUGGGCGGUGGUGGCCGUAAUUGUGGCCUUAUUAGCCGCCAGUGUCCAUGCUGUCGCCCAAGUCACAACUGCCCUGUGUCUCAGAGCUCGGCUCUCCAGACCUGAACGGGCACCUCCCCCACCAGCUGACAUUCAUUUCAGAAGCUGCUCUUCUGGCCUUGAGCCUUGGGCUGUGCUUGCUCCAUAGGUUGAGUUGGCAAAGUAUGGGCCCCUCCUCCCCGGGGCCGGAUUACACCCUCUGCUCAGCUCCAGUGUGUGAGGCUCUGGUCCUUCAGGAGGCGGCAGGGCGGCCCGAGGCACAGGGCUCGGGGCUGGCUCCCGGGGGAGAGGCCUCGUCGUGCCUGCCGCCUCCACCUCCGCACCCUCCUCCCUCAGAGGGCUCUGGGCCAAAUCAACAGCCCUUUGCGUGUCGCGUCUCCGCGGUGGAAGGGGCCUCCUCUGGCUUUGCAAUAACGGACCUUCAGCUUAUCCUGGAGGAGCAAGGACUCGGCACAGAAUUCACUUUAAAUGGGGCUAAAGGAGUGUCCCUCUAUGAAAGAAAGUUGUUUUAUUCUUCAUUCUGACUUAACUGCAGUGCAUUUGAUGAAAGAAAUAUUUUCUACUUGGAGUCGAGGGCGAGACCUGAGUUCUCAUCACUGUGAUGUGUCGUGUCUGCCCUUGGAUUGGACAUCAUUGCCCCUGGGUUCCUUCUGGGCUCCGCGGAGCACUCUUCAUGUUCUAACAGUACCCAGACUUCAGGAGCCCAGACAGCCACCCAGUCAAAAUCGCUUAUGUUUUUUGCUUACGAACAAAUGGUUGAGCAUAACAAUUGUAUUCCUUCAUACUAAAUUAACUUGGGAAAAAAUGUUUAGUUUCUGCAUAUUCAGAAACUGCAAAAUAGGAAAGGGUCGGAAUGGAAAAUCCUCAGUGUACAUAGUUCAAAUCUUUGUUACAUUUAAACUAUAUCCAUGUAUGUCUCUGUUUUGGACUCCUCUGCUAGUGUUACAGGUGGAAAUAAACCAUUAAUUGGAACCAGG